AUGGCUCCACACACUGCUGACAGUAGCAUCGACGAUUCGGACGACUCUGAUAUUCUAGAUGAUGGAUUGCUGUCUAAUGCGAUAGACGAAAGCACUCCGUUUAAUCUUGAUGAUGUUCCUCCAGCUGUGGAAUCCGACGAUCCUGUGCCGCAAGAAGAGGUCUUUCACAGCAUGUUCAUUGCUCGUGAAGGCCAGGAAACAACUGGCCGUACUUGGGAGCAGACUUCCGUUUGCACCCUGCCUCUGUCAGCCUUCGAGAAAAUUUUUCGCAGGAAGGACAAGGCCACCGCAGCAAAUUUAUUACUGCGUCGCACCAACCUCCGCAUCGAUCCGCAUCUAACAUUUGCUUCUGAUCACCCAAUGUUGUUGUGGGACGCGUCGAAGCAUUUCCUUGACUUUGUCCUCGUUGUAUCGGGUUCGAUUGGUUUGCAUGCAUUCCUCCCGAACACUAUCUCCGACCACACGUUUUCCGUCUCUUUGGAUUUCCGUCUUCAGAACAAACAGUUCAAGCCCAAGUUCGGUAAGCUCGGGUUUGAUCCUACAGGCUCGAUGAUGGCAAUCGGGACUGGCAGUUCUUGUGAGCUGUGGCUUGCAUUUUGUCCCUUGACACACAUUGAGGAUCUUUCUCUUGCCGACGAGACACCUCUGCUAAAUGCCAUGAAACACGGCGAGACUCGUCUGUCACCCCGUCACUAUCGUAUGGCAGUGAUGUUUAUCGCCUCGGCGUUGGCACAAAUAUCAUCGCUGCCCUUUCAUAUCAUGCAUACAUACGGAACCGACGAGGAUUUUUCUCGCUGGAGAGUCAAGGAGGUUACUAACCUGUACGAUCAACCGACAAUCAACCUCCGUUUGGAGGACUUGAAGGCCCUCCACGCAUACAUCGUGUCAGAUUGGGAUGACUGGGUUCGCAAUGCACCAGCGUCUUGGAAGGAUGACGGUUGGCUCCAAUCCCGCGCACCUUUAUCCGUAGCCUGUAGGUAUGGACAAAACCAAGCAAUUGCAAGCUUAAACCCGACCGCUCGAUGCGUGGAAGCGGCGAAUUGGCAAGCGGAGCGAGAAUAUUCCAAUAUCCGCUACAUGUCGAUGGCUAUCGCCACCGAUCUUACCUGCAAACCAGUCUCUCGAUGGGAGAAAAUACCUGAGGAUGAGUUGCUGGACGCCCAUGACAUCAUAUAUGAUUCCCCAAACUCUUCCUUCCGGCAGCCGGUGAAUUUGGAGGACUUUCCUCCCCGCGAUCCUGACACGCAGAAAGAAAACAACAUCUACGACGAAGAUGGUCGUCGAAUUCCCCGCUUUGAUGGUCUGUGCAGUCCCAACGUGAAGCCUUGUGGCGUUCUCAUCAACCUCGAGAGUAUCACCGAGUUGUUUUCUGCAAUUAUUGCGGAAGAUGAUGGCUUGGCCUUCGAUCCUGAUAUCAUCAUGGACGAUGAAAAUCUUGGUAUUCCUCGCGUCAGUGUUUAUCCCCAGGCCUUCCUCAGGAAGUAUGGUCACAUUCAAUGCAACACCGUUUUACCCCACUUCACUCCAUUCAUAUCGAAAAUUCGCAAUGCCGUAUCUCGCGACACAGUCGGUCAAGACGAUUUGGAUGACGAGGCCUUGGACGACGAUCUUUUUAAUGACUUUCCACAUGGGUUUCCACCUGCACUCUUGGCUAGCGGCUGCCAGUUCUAUAAUGAGAUCUCGCAUCGCAUCAGACCGUCCGCCGCCUUACAUGAUGUCCAGCAAGGUCGCAUCACUUCCGCUCUCUCAGGUGCUUACGCCACUACCCGCAACGCUCAGACUGCGCACAAGAUGGUUCUUAGAGAGUGCGGUCUGCAUUUGCCUCACCAACGCUAUGACAACAAGAUCGAUAUAAAUGAUGUUCCCCGCGCAUUACGCCUAGAGAACAUUUACAUCGUUCAAUUAGACUCUCUGAAGUCUGCGAAGCGAAAUGGAUCAUCAAUAUAUAAUGACAUGGUUGUACCAUUGGCCAGUUACUGGUCACACCCCACUAUCUUUGAGGCCAUUCGCCCACACCUGUUUGUUUUGACUGCUGAAGCAUUUCCCCAUGUCUAUCAAUGGACCACUUAUCCCAUAACGUCCUUGCUCGAGCGUAUGUGGGAACAUUUCCUGCCCGUCAUCGCCAAAGGUGGUAAACCUACCCCUCAAGUUGUUGAACUAUGUUCUGUCCUCGAACGCGCGUUGGCGUAUGCUCACACUGGCAAUGCAAAAGUACUUGCUACAAGUCUCAUGAGGCCUUUGUGGUUAGUAAAGAGUCUCUUGGAGCAAGGUCUUCCGACCUUCGCCCCAUCAGUGCGCUUCCCCCACGCUCCCUGCGUUCCUGUCGCCAUCAGUCCUGUGGAUUGGCCUACCCUCACCAACAUGAAUGCCCCAGCCAUUGCAUCCAAGCGCUCUCAAAUGUUGACGUACGGGAAUGAUCAUUUUGAAGCAUAUAAGGCAGAGUUUCAUAUACAGCUGUCAAUUAAUCAGCUGGCGCCCAAUGCCUUCAAGCGCUACGCUAGCAACGUCCGUCAUGCCACGAUCAUCGCAGUGGUCGCCCUUCAAGUGUACAUAGCCGAUGUCAAGACACUCGUUGCGGGUGGUGUCACCACCGCAUGCAACGUCAUGGAGGCAGAGGAUGCCAUAGAUGGUGAACUCCAUGCAUUACAGCGGCGCAGAGGACUUCGCAAAUGGCUUGGGACCAGUCAUCCUCUUGGAUAUGUCAAUAAAGGAUACGAACAUUUAGUGUCUUGUGUGCUUCCUGAAUCCACUGCACACUGCGAAGGGUUGCCAAAUCCAACCAAAGACAAGCUAUCCAUCCAAGAUUUUGCUCGCCUGAUUUGUGAUAUGUCUCGAGGGACCAACCCUGUCGCGAUCGCCGCUCCUCUCAUCUUCAAUGGGGGUUCGACUCCCGUCUUUCGCGUUGCUCUUACAUACAUGCGCAAAUAUGCCCCACAAGAUUCUACCAAGUCAUCGGAGAAGUUCUUGCAGGAAGCAUUCAUCAUCGCAGCCAAUCAUCUACACAUCAACAAUAUCCCAUGGCAUCGUCCGGCAGGACUGCGCGGCAGGCGGUGUCAGAAACCUGUCUUUGAUUCCUGGGUCAAUCUAGGGAAGGCCAUUGACUUACAAGCUAUUGAGCGUCAUCAUGCCCAGUUGGGCAACGCUGCGGCCGAUGCGUCUCAACGCGCUCAGGCCACAGAUACGAGGGCAGCUUGGUCUGCCGAGUUGAUUACCUUGCAGUCAUUGGCCGAUUACAUCCUUCGCUCUCGUCUCCCUGAUGAAUUCGCGAUCGAGAGCAUCGAGCUUGGAGGCGCAGCCUCGACAGCUGGCAGCGAGCCCAGCCCGAAUACGAUCUAUGAAUGGGUUUUUGCAAACUUCGACAUAAAUAAACCUCUCCAUUACAUCGCACUUAUCGCCGGUAUCUAUGUCAGUCGGAUUCUCCCUGAUUUAUUCUUCGCAGACAGCGACAAGCCGCGAGGGAAUGUGACCAAUCCUAUCAUGCUCACGAAGGCAAUACGUGCUCUCCCAUGGAAGCCCAACUCCAGUGGUCGCAAAGGGUGCAAACUACCAAGCCAGUUUAUCGCCAUGGUUCCUGCUUAUAUCAUCGCGGUAUACACCCCAACAAGCCCAUUGCGCAUUCAUUUGAAAAAUAGUACUAAAAGCUUUCCCUCUAUCUGGAAUUCCAAGAACAGUGCGAAAGGUAUCACGCCACUCCUUCUUGUGCGGCUAGGCCUCGCAAAUGCCCUAUCGCACAGAAUUUGGAAAGGCGGGCCGCCUUUAACGCAUUGGACGUUACUCUCUCCAGAGGACAUAACCGCCAAACAUCGUGAGAUCCAUGCGUGUUUGGCCGAUCGCCAGUACGGUCCCUUCCGCAUCGCAGUUAUAUUGUUAGGCAUUGAUAAAGCUGUCAAUCUUGGGCGCACGUCUCAGACAUACACCAUCAAUCCUGCUAUUGCAUCUAUCAGGGUCAACAAGCACUUGUUGAAAGCCGAUUCUGACGACGAUGAGGUUGAAAUUGUGGAGGUGAAAACGGUGAAACGUGCUCGUUUGCAUUGA